AGGUAGUUGUCAUGAGUGCUCAGAUAAGUAAUGGGGAUGAUGUACUGAUACCAACCGAUGCUAGUGAUGAUGGAAACUCAUCGAUACGUACGGAGAGUGACGAUGAUGAGAAUUAUAAUGUAGUGAUU